UCUGUCCGUGUGAGCUGUGAAAUGGCUGAAGGUGGAGGUUUAUUCGAUCAGGACCAGUUCAGCUGCCCGAUCUGUCUGGAUCUACUGAAGGAUCCGGUGGCUAUUCCCUGUGGACACAGUUUCUGUAUGGGCUGUAUUAAGCGCUACUGGGAUCAGGAUGAUCAUACUGGUGUUUACAGCUGUCCCCAGUGCAGACAGACCUUUGCCCCAAGGCCUGUUCUGGGCAGAAACACCAUGCUGGCUGGAGUGGUGGAGAAACUGAAGAAGACAGGACUCCAAGCUGCUCCUCCUGCUCACUGUUUCGCUGGACCUGGAGAUGUAGCGUGUGAUUUCUGCACUGGGAAAAAGCACAAAGCUGUCAAGUCCUGUCUGGUGUGUCUGGCCUCUUACUGUGAAACUCACCUCCAGCCUCACUAUGAAUCUCCGGCCUUUAAGAAGCACAAACUGGUCAAAGCCACCGGAAACCUGCAGGAGAAGAUCUGCUCUCAUCAUGACAAACUGCUGGAGAUUUACUGUCGUACUGAUCAGCAGGGUAUCUGUUAUCUGUGUACAUUGGAUGAACACAGAGGCCAUGAUACAGUCUCAGCUGCGGCAGAAAGGACUGAGAAAGAGAAGCAGCUGGGGGCAACACAGAGUAACUUCCAGCAGAGAAUCCAGGAGAGAGAGAAGAAGCUGCAGGAUCUGAGACAGGCUAUGCAGUCACUCGAGCGCUCUGCACAGGCAGCAGUGGAGGACAGCGAGAGGAUCUUUACUGAGCUGAUCCGCUCCAUUGAGAGAAGGCGCUCUGAGGUGAGAGAGUUGAUCAGAGAUCAGAAGGCUGAAGUGAGUCGGGCUGAAGGACUCCUGGAGCGACUGGAGCAGGAGAUUGCUGAGCUGAGGAGGAGAGAUGCUGAGCUGGAGCAGCUUUCGCACACAGAGGAUCACAUCCAUUUCCUCCAGACCUGUCAAUCUCUCUGUGUUCCUCCUGGACCUGAAGACUUACCCAGCAUCACUGUCAGUCCACACAUCUCUUUUGAGGCUGUGAGGAAAUCUGUCUCUGGACUGAAAGAGCAACUGGAGGACAUUUUCAAGAUGGAGUUCGUCAAAUUUUCUGGAAGAGAUUGGUGGACAAACCCAGCCCCAGAAAUUGUGCUUACUAACUGCAAACAACACACUGUGGAAGAAGCCCAUAUCGUAGAGUCCAGGACCAGAGAGAACUUCUUAGAAUAUUCCUGUCAUCUUACACUUGACCCCAACACAGUGAAUCAACACCUCCGUCUGUCUGAGGGGAACAGAGAGGUGACCCGUGUGGAAGAGAUCCAGUCAUAUCCUGGUCAUCAAGAGAGAUUUGAGGACUUGUUCCAAGUGCUGUGCAGAGAGGGUCUGUCUGGACGCUGUUACUGGGAGGCUGAGUGGAGUGGGGAUCAUUGGGUUUCUAUAGCAGUCUCAUAUAAAGAGAUCAGCAGGAAAGGGCGGGAUGUUGACUGUGCCCUGGGAGGUAAUGAGAAGUCCUGGAGUUUGAACAGCUGUCCUUCCAGUUAUUCUUUCUGGCACAAUAAUGAGAGAACAAAAAUCCCUGUUCCCCCCUCCUCCAGAAUAGGAGUGUACCUGGAUCACAAGGCAGGAACUCUGUCUUUCUACAGCGUCUCUGACACAAUGACCCUCCUGCACAGAGUCCAGACCACAUUCACUCAGCCCCUCUAUCCUGGGUUUUGGGUUUAUACUUCUGGAUCUUCUGUAAAACUCUGUGAUCUGGGAUGAGGCAGCGAGUGCAGGGAAGAUCAGCUGUAAUUAAAAAGAGAGAGAAAAACACUCAAAUGCAACAUAAAGUUCAAUUAAAUGAAAUAUUGAACUUUAAAAGAUUAACUGGUUGAAAUAAAAAUGGAAUCCAGACCACAUUCACUCAGCCCAUCUGUUCUAGGGUGUGCUUGCACUCUCAUCACGUUUACGGUGACUAUCUUAUUUUAGUUUGCUGUCACGGCCAAGAUUCAGUUCAAGGUGUUUUAUAAUUCUGUCUGCUGCUUCUUUUUGUAUUGAUUAUGUAAUGAUGCUGGGAAAUUGGGCAUUGAUUAAUAAAAAUAAUAAAAUUAAUAAAAAUGAU